GGGAGUGCAAGCGAGCGAGGAAGCUAGCGAGAUUGCGAGAAGGUCAAUCCGCCAAGAGAAAAGACCCACGGCACAGAUCCCUCUCCCCUGUCUCUUUCUUUCUCUCUCCUCGACCCUCCCGACGCGGAAAAAAAAGGGAGGAGAGGAGGGAGAAAGGGAAGAGGAGGCCGAAAUCUCCUCCCCCUUUCCAAAUCCUGGCUCAAUAAUCUCUCCAUCAGGGGAUCCUAAGGCUGAUCACUGAUCAGGUCGGAGGACUCGGCGGGCGCAGCCAUGAACGAGAAGGCGUCCGUCUCCAAGGAGCUCAACGCCAAGCACAAGAAGUGAGUUGAUGCGAAGUGGCAGAUCCGAGCUCUGCUCCGUUCCGUUUUGCUAAGGGCCAUGUGGGAUCCAAGGAGCCGACGCUUUACUGUUGGUGAUGUUUACGGCUUUGCUGAAUUCAUCAGACCUAUUCGAAUUACGAGUAGGCGGAUUGAUCCCCGAAAUUUCUAACUAAUAUUGGAAGGUCUUCUUCGGCUUCCUGAGAAUAGAGAAUGUGCAGACUGCAAGUCAAAGGGUCCUCGAUGGGCAAGUGUUAAUCUUGGGAUCUUUAUAUGUAUGACAUGUUCUGGAAUUCAUAGAAGCCUGGGGGUGCACAUAUCUAAGGUAAGAUCUGCUACCCUGGAUACAUGGCUGCCAGAGCAAGUUGCAUUUAUCCAAUCAAUGGGAAACGAAAAAGCAAAUAGCCAUUGGGAAGCAGAGCUGCCUCCUAACUAUGAUAGGGUUGGGAUAGAGAAUUUUAUCCGUGCAAAAUAUGAGGACAAGAGAUGGGUACCGAGGAAUGGAACAUUGCGACCUUCCUCCGGUGUUCGAGAUGAUAAGAGCCAAGAGUCUCCAGCUAGUGCUAAUAGGAGUGGACAUCAUAGAUCUUCAUUUGAGCAAAACCGAGCUUCACCAGCUCUUCCGAGCAAAGUUGCACCUGUAGCUUCAAGGAUACCCUCUCAGGCAUCACCUCAGCCCCCAAAGGUAGAACCACCAGUUCCUAAGGUGGUUUCACCUCCUCAGCCACAAAAAUCUCCUGCCAAAGUUGAGGCAACACCCCCUAAAGUUGAGAAGCCAUCAGUUGCGCCGCCUCCUAAAGUUGAUUAUGCUACUGAUCUCUUUAACAUGUUAUCAAUGGAUGGAACAACAGAGAAAGAGUCAGAGUCAUCUCCAAACGAUGAUAAUGCCUGGGAUGGCUUCCAGUCUGCACAACCAGUACCUAGCUCGGAGGAAAAAGAUUCUGCCAAACCAGCAGAAAGCAUGACCCAGUCUACACCUGGAAUAGAAGACUUAUUUAAAGAUUCGCCAGUUGUGUCAUUAUCCUCAGCUCCAGCUGUUUCCCAAGUAAAUGCAAAGAAUGAUAUCAUGAGUUUGUUUGAGAAGUCCAAUAUGGCAUCACCAUUCGCUGUCCAACAGCAGCAGCUGGCGUUUAUGUCUCAGCAGCAAGCUCUUCUAAUGGCUGCUCUUAAAGCUGGAAAUUCACCACAAAUAGUUCCAGGGAAUGCCAAUCAACUAAACACUAACGUUUCUAAUCCCCCUCUUGGAACCUUGCCUUUCCAAAACUGGACAAAUCUUGGCUAUCAAAAUCCUGGGUUGACUCUAGCAGCAGCACAGAAUGGUGCCACCAAGGUUUCGAACAACAAUCAAGACCUCUCUUCUGGUACCUUUGGUUUUGGCACACCUGGGAUGCACAACAUUACUCCAGCUGUCCCAGCAAAUGGUGCCACGGCAGCAGGUGCUAGCAACAACGGCACUGCAUCAACUGCCUCUUCCACUCUCCCCUCACAAUCUGGCAAAGAUUACGAUUUUUCCUCGUUAACUCAAGGAUUUUUCACCAAGCGAUGAGUGCCUAGUGGGCUUGAAAGCCAAACGGAUCACCGGGGGAGCUUGCACAUGCUUUAUUUCGAGGCAGAUUUUAUUCUGGUGGAUAUAUAUAUAGUUGUCACAUGACCUUGUAGCUGUCAGACAAUAAGAGUGGAAAUAUGCGGCUAAAUAGCUCAUGUUGUUUGUACAAGUGAAGAAUUCCUUGCCGUUUUAUGUCAACGGUUUUGACUCGAGGACUACGCCUUGUUCAGCUAUACAGAUACUGGCAGACCCAAUACUGGGGGGGGGGGGGGGGGGGGUCUGGUCUGAGGAUACUGAUUACCGAUUAUUUUAAACUGUACUGUACACCGUAAAUUGGAUUUUUAUUUGUUUUAACAUUUGUGUACUGAGGCGACCUCUUCAUGGCAUUGAACAAAGCCUACUCCUCUAAGAUUUCAUAUACUUGUCACCAUUGAAAUAAAUUUUUUUAUCAGGCAUUACAUGGAGAAA